AUACAUUCUGCCCGUGCAAUGCAAAACCGUGCAUUGAAGAAGCGUUACACGCUAGCGGGUUCAACCACCGAAUGUCCUAUGAAACUAGCACAAAUAGCAACAGAAGGCACCGAAAGCGGAAAAUCAUCUGGUAUAACCAGCCUUUUAACAAAUGCCUUAAGACCAUCAUCGGAAAAGUGA